AUGCACAGAUCAAAAAAGAUCAAAAUUGGGGAUGUUAAUCCACAUCUACUAUGUGUUUUAUGUGGUGGAUAUUUUGUGGAUGCUACAACUAUAAUAGAAUGUCUACAUUCCUUUUGCAAAACGUGUAUAAUACGUUAUCUCGAAUCCAACAAGACGUGCCCUAGCUGUGACGUACUCAUACAUAAAACACGACCUCGCUUAAAUAUCAGGUCUGAUAAAACAUUACAAGAUAUUGUUUAUAAAUUGGUACCUGGAUUAUAUAAAAAUGAGAUGCGGAGACGACGAGAAUUCUAUAGCCAGUAUCCUAAUAAAGAUGACACCAAUUCACCAAGCGAAAAGAGGGGUGAUGAAAUGGCAGAAAGAUUUAUAUUUACUGAAAAUGAGAAGAUUAGUUUAGCUCUGGAAUAUUGGAGAGAUGAUAAAAAGACCAAGAUUGAUAAGACAGAGAAACAGAGGACAACAGAUAUACGAUAUUUACAAUGUCCCGGUGCUCUUACUGUAGCACAUUUAAAGAAAUUUAUUAGAUUGAAGUUUGAGUUACCAGCAAGAUGCAGGAUCGAUGUCUACCAUAAGAAAGAAGUGUUGUCAGAUUUAUAUACUCUAUUA